AUGCCCGAAUCAGCUCCUCAACUGCACAUCCCUGCAUCCAAACACACGGUCGAUGUAAGCAUCAUCGACAGUACUGCCCGCAUCAAGAUUCCAUUGCAGGCGUUCAUCAAAGACCCCCUCCCGGGCCACGAGCAUCUGCAGUGUCCGGCUUACUCAUUCCUGGUAGAGCACCCAUCCGGCAAGAAAGUUCUUUUUGACCUCGGCGUUCGCAAAGAUUUCGAUAGGGCUGCGCCCGCGUUGCUGAAUGCAUGGAAGGGGAGACUCACGCUCAACGUGGAGGAUGAUAUCGCGGGUAUCUUGAAGAAAGACGGUCGGGUUGGUCUGGAGGAGAUCAAUUCUAUCAUAUGGAGGUAG